AUGGGAUCCUGGUGCCGCGCGGACGUGACCCCGGACUUCCGCGGGGAGCCGCAAGGUUGCCAACGGCACGGAAACUCUCUUCGAGACGGGAGGUUGAGUGAGGUUGCCGGGCCUGCGGAGCGCGUCGUCCGGCGCGGCGUCAAGGCCAACGGCUUUUCGAAUGGCGGCGGCGCUGCCUUUUUUUACCCCGGGUCCGGGGCACCCGUCGGGCGACGCCCCGCUCCCCGCCAGUCGCGCCUCGAAGCCGCAGCAGCGACCAUGUGCUCCCGCGUGCUGGUGCUGCUGGCCGCCUGCGUGGUGUCAGGCGCGGCUCUGAGGUGCUACCAGUGCAACUCCCGCGAGAACGGCUACUGCUCGGACGCCGAGAUCCACCGCGCGAAGAUCCCGCCCGCCGUCUGCCCCUUCGACCUGGUGGAGGCCAUCUCGCAGGGUCUGGGGCUGGACCCGUCCCCCGGCCACCCGCGGGCCUUCGCCUUCCACGGCAUCCAGGAGCCGGCGCUCUGCCAGAAGAUCUACUACUCCAACCCGCGCGGCGGCGGCUUCGUGGAGCGCAAGUGCGUGCUGAGGAACUCGCACGUGUGCGAAGAGUCGGGCACGGAGACCCCCUACGGCCGCGCCGACUACUGCGGCACGUGCGGCUACGACGGCUGCAACGGCGCCAGCAGGCCCGGGAGACACCGCGCCUGGCUGUUGCUGCUGGCGCCCCUGGCGGCCUUCCUCCGCUGGUGCUAGAGUGCUGUCUUGGGGAGCCGAGCUGGGAACCGGAGACGCCAUCUUGGUUUCAACAGUUUUAGGCCAGAACAAAGUUAUUGUCUAUUAUUACAAAUUUGGUUUCUUAAAGCUAAAUUUAUAAUUUAAUGGACUAUCUGAAGUUAAUAAUGCUGGCUUAUAUGGAUAACUUAACCUGUGCAGUCAUUGAUGAUAUGUAUUUAAUUCAUUUUUGAGAAUUACUACAACAGUAAAAAUACUGUUAAAAGACACCAUAUUUUGAUUUUUGAAAAUAAAAACUCUUGAUUUGAGAUAUAUAUAUGAUUUAACAUUGACUAUUUCAUUAUUAAAGUAUACAAAUUGUUUUGACAUAAAAUUGUUGAAACCAAUAUGGCAUUUUUAUUUCCUCUCUAUACUCCGUGGGCCACCCACAGUGCAUCCCAGUAGACUGAGCACUUCGAGAAUCAAUUGUCUGUGUUUUCUUGAAAUCGAUAAAGUGGGUUUAAAAACAGUUGCGUUGCAUUAAGAACCUGCCAUAUUUGCGCAUUCACAUCUGACUGAUGCGUCGGAACCUGUUUUGUAGAUGCCAAUAUGACAUUUGAUUGGUUCACAUGACCUGUGACAUCAGGUGCUGAUGGUAGAGUCGCGUGGAACGAAUCUGUGUGAGCAGAUGUGACGAACUUGAACUUUCGAGGUCAGACAGGACAGUCAGCAUCAUCAUCAUCUCAUGUCAUGACAAUAUUCACCAAUGAGAAUCAUGAUGAUUACAAACAAAUUUUAAAAUAGCAAGAGCAUGAUUAUUUUCAAAAAAAAUAUAUUGGAUGUUUAUAUAUUUUCAUCUUGGGCACCAUUUUGUUUUAUUUGUUUUUCUUUUAGCUGUUUUGAAACUGAAUACGAAGUACCCAUGAAAAUGAAAAUAACAGGUUUGGUCCAAAUAUACAUAUAACUCUUGAUUAAUUUUUUUGUAAAGUAUCGAAAUUCCAUUAAUAUAUAUUUACACUAAUCCCUCUUUUGUAUAAAGCUCUCGAGUAAAGCCAAGGCAAUCUUCAAUACUCCCUCUAUGUAUAAUCAUGUGAACCAGAUGUAUCAGAAUAGUAGACAUGCACGCUGCUACAGACACUCCGUCCGACAGCAUGGUUGGACAGCAUGGUCAGGCAGAUCAGAGUGAUCAGACUGAUGUGGCUGCACGAAUUUAGAAGAUGUUUUAUGCUGGAAAAACAAUAGUGCGUAAGGGUGCAAUGCGCGCUAUGUCAAUAAAAUAAUUUUCUAACCAAUCAUGUUUGACACAUUUGCCAGCACUAUAAUUUUUUUUUUUGUGCGACAGCCUUUCUAAAAAGAAAGUUUUUUUUUUCUUUUUCCCAUCGUUUCGCGGACGCGAAGAUAAUAAAAUAAGCAUUAUGGUUAUUUAUUUAAUGCUGUAAUGCCUUAAGAAUGUUUAAUGAUAAGUAUAUAUAAUAGAAUUUUCAGAAUGCAGGGUAAGAAACCAGCAACCAUUUAAAUCUCACACUUAGAAACUCUUAUUAACUUUAUAUAAAUAUAAAUAUGCGCUUGAAACUCAGUUGUCCCAGAUUUAUUCCAUAAGUUAUCGCUAAAAAUCGAAAAAGCGCUAGGCGAAAGUCUGACUUGAAAGUCAUUCUACCCGGUAGGUAUGUGGCCAGGUGGGACAACUACUACUGAUUUUUUUUUCCGGUGGAUCUGUUCGUAAUUUGGUUUCUAGCAAUCUAUUCCGUAGUGCUCAGACUAGUUAGAUUUAAAUUUUUACUUGUAAGGUGGUAUCGCAUCUUGGGUGUAAGGCCUCUGAACUGACAAACAGUUUUUCCGCUGUACUGUGUGCUACGGAAUUUCUAGUUGUGUCCCGAACAUGUUGUGUGCUCUUUUAGAUAUUCGUUACAGUCGCGGAUGGGGUAACUUGGUGAAGAAUCGUGGAAAAAAUGCCCAUUUUGAGCUUUUGUCUGCCACGGUAAAAGGACUGGCAAAGAAAAUGUGUAUAUAUAUGUACAAAACAUGGACAACAACCAAAUAUUAGCUGUAGUCAAAAUAUGCAUGUAAAUUUUAUAUGUAUAUAAUUUAUCAUCAAACCUUUUUAUGUAAUAUAAAUAAAGAUAAAUUGUACAAUCCCCUGUGGUGAAUUAAAAUUUCUGUACCUUUA